AUGGAGGCAAAAGGGCGAAACAUGCCCCCAGAUGUUAGUUUCCUUCCCCGCCCAGCGAUGGUGUGGUGGGAGCGAGGCAUCCAGGUGCUGCUGACCACCAUGGGAGCGUUUGCAGCGUUCGCCCUGAUGACGGUGGCCAUCGGGACGGACUACUGGCUGUACGCCCGGGCCUUCAUCUGCAACAGCACGGCCAACUCAUCCCAGGACGAGUCCAACAAUAAGGACAAGAAGGACCCUGGGGCUCUCACCCACUCCGGCCUCUGGAGGAUCUGCUGCCUCGAAGGCCUGAAGAGAGGUGUGUGUUCCCAGAUCAAUCAUUUCCCUGACGAUGCAGACUACGACCAAGAUGCCGCAGAGUAUCUGCUGCGUGUAGUGAGAGCAUCCAGCAUCUUCCCCAUCCUCAGUGCCAUAUUGCUUCUGCUGGGUGGAGUGUGUGUUGCCUCCAGCAGCUUCUACAAGAGCAAAAGGAACAUAAUACUUGGUGGAGGGAUUCUGUUCGUGGCUGCAGGCCUCAGCAACAUCAUCGGAGUGAUCGUGUACAUCUCAGCAGCACUGAGCGACAUCUCUCCCAAGAAGGACGAGGACAAGAAGUGGCACUACUCGUACGGCUGGUCGUUCUACUUCGGCGGUCUGUCCUUCAUCUUGGCCGAGAUGGUCGGCGUCCUCGCUGUCAACAUCUACAUCGAGAAAAACAAGGAGCUGCGGUGUCGCUCUCGCACCGACCUCUUCAAAAGCACCACGCACGCCAUGCUGCGCCUCCCCAGCUACCGCUUCAGACGGCGCUCUCGCUCCAGCUCGCGCUCCACCGAUCCACCACGUUCACAGGAGACCUCGCCCAUCGGAGCUUCCAAGACCUUCAGCCUGCCGCCGUCUGCCCCGCCAUUCUCCGUGGCCACUCUGCCCAACCCCCACCACACCAGCAGCGGUGGAAGCGGAGGAGGCGGCGACAUCUCCAUGUACACCCUGUCGAGGGACUCCAAGCUAGGCAGCCUUGGAGGAGGCGCCCCACCUCUCUAUGGCACGGUGGACCGCGCCACGCUCUACCAGCUCCACAACUACUUUCCUAAAGAUUCCAGCGGCAGCGGCGGCGGCGGCAGCGGAGGAGGAGGCGGAGGCGGAGGAGCAGUGAUAAGCAGCGGUACACUCCCAUCUCACUCUAAAUCCAACUUGGCGGCGGCGGCGGCAGCUGUAGCCCAGAAUGCAGCACCGCUGAACACCACCACAUCGGCCGCUGCGCCGGCCCAACCAGCCCCGAUAUCCACAGCCACCAUGGAGAGGGACAGGGGCAACGUGGGAACCCUGGACCGACUGACAGCCAAAAGGGACAGGGAUAGCAACUCAGAUACACUAAACAGGAAAACUACACCAGUUUAAAAGUAAACCU